CUACUUUAGCCUAGGUAUGGACUGUGGCCAGUGGUGGUAGACCUUCAUCUUCUCCUCACAGCUACUCAACUACAACAUAGUGAGGAAUCAGGUGUUGAAGAUUAUGGUCGAACCUACUCAAGAACGAUUUGAAAGCGGUAGUGAUCAGGAUACUGAUGUCAGAAGUUAUUCAAAGCAGGACCUCGGUCCGAACGAAAGAAGCGAUGAAAGACUGGUUGCGUUUUCAGUGAGUUCCAUUUGAAAAAGGCGAAAGUCGUUCCUUUGGACAAAUGGAACGAAGAUGAAUUGCAUCAACAUCUUCGUGAAGAUUACGCUGGCAUGGAGCGUCAAAAUGCGCUGGUUUAUUCUCAAGCGGAGAUCUUUGCUGACCGUCGUGUGUGCGUGCAGCAAUGGAGCAUUGCAAACUACUUUCCGUUUUGCUGGUCAUCCAGGUUCUGCUGCUUGCUGUUGAUGGUGCACACAUGCACUACGCAAUAAAUGGCAUUAUAAAAGCUUUUGAAGGGUGUGAUCGUCCCUGCAUUGAAAUGGGUGUUUCGCGUGAAUUUUAUAGUUCUGCAAAUGCGUCAAAUGUUUGUUCAAAGAGCACGGAUGCCUCUCGUCAUUCUAGUGGCAACCUGAUUUCCAUUGCUGGUCCAAGCAGGAUCUGCGCUAACUAUUAUUUCAAUCUAGGCCGCACGUCUGGCCGUCCUAAGGCAGGAUAUUGGACUUCAGCACCAUUCGACCAUAUUAUAAAUAUUUAUGGUAAAAAAACAGGAAUGAAUCGUGUCGUGUGCGAAUUCACGAAACGUAAUUGCAAUGAAAACAGUAGGUCGGAUAUGACUAUGGGUUAUCAAGAAUCUGCCAAAUUUGUACCGAAUGUCCAGAAAUCAGCUGCAAUGAAAACUGCAGCCAGCGUCCAAGCACCAUCUGUACUGCUGUCUAGGUCAGAGGAUGUGCCAGCGGCAACAACGGGUCCCCACACUUCCCCUCCUGCCGAAACCACUGUGAAAUGUGGUACACUACCAGCCGCUUUACUGCAGCAGUCGCAAGCAUUGUCAAACAACUCCAAUAACAUCUAUCAAUGUGGACGAUCAGCUGCCGAUAUCAUUGUUCUGUUCGACGAGUCGCAAACAAACGCAGGAGAGCUCCCGGCUCGGCUGGAAAUGAUCAUAGAAAGCCUUGACACAUCUCUUAAGGAGCAUGGAAUUGGUCUUUACCCAGGAUUUGAGAAUCAUUAUUCUCUUGUAGGUUUUGGUAACAAGGCACAAGUACCACGUGUCAUUCGCAGCAAUGAUGAGUCCCGAGUGUAUGACAUCAACGGAUUUAAGGAGGCUAGUCAAAAGCUGUUGAAGUCAGAACGAAGUAGUAAAGAAGAUGGUUACCAUGCUAUUAAGUUUGCUUUGGAGAGCAUCACUGAUCCAAAAUCCAAUGAGCAGCUGCUAAGAUUGAACCAGAAAAACGUAUCAGUAACUUUUCUGCUUAUCUCGGAUGAGGACCGAUUUCCUAUCCAACCCGAUAUUACCCGCUCAAAAAUGAAGAGAAUGAUCAAGAAGAAUAAAGUCCACCUCCAAGUUAUUGUCGACAACGGGCUUGAGGGGAGUGCUGUUGGUGUUGCCAGACGUGGGGAAGAUUACCUGCUGUUCUCACCAAAUAUGGAAGCGUCAGUUCAAAAUAGAGCGGGCAUUCAAGCCAUGCUGAGAAAAGACUCCUACCGGGCAACUUACAAACACUAUACCUCACUUGCCUUGGUGCGUUCUGGAGCCAUGUGGGAUUGGAAUUACAUCUUCCAAUCCGGCCGAGUGGAGUCAUCGCACGUAGAUGCUUUUGUCAACUAUACUGUGUCGUCGGUCGAGCAUAGAGUUCAAAAGUGUUGCUCGUGUACAUGUGCCAGUGGCCAGGGGGAAACUCAUGGAGUGCUGCAUUGUGAGGCCAAGGAUGGGAGCGAGUGUAAAAGCAACAUUUGAUCAAUUGCUUAGCUGAACGUUCACUCUGUUUUAUCAUGAAAAACAAAAAUCAGCCCUCCAUCUCAUACCAGCUUUCACCAAUUCAAGCAGGCAAGUAGCGAUUUAUUCAUGUUUAUAUUUCAGUUACCUCAAUGCUAGAUAUUAUCUGCCAUUUGGGGCUUUUGUGAACUUUCAAACUCAUUUCCUGCCUCUGUUUCAUUUUUCUAUCUUCCUUCUCCUUGUCAAGUGUGGUAUUCACCCAUCAAGAAAUUUUUGGAACCCCAUUUAGUAUGGUAGCAAUGUCAGAAGUGUGGGUUGGCGGGUUGGUCACAAAUAACACUCUUAUGAUGA